AUGGAGGAAGAGAACAGCAAAGUGAGACCCAAGGAGAUUACCUUGUUGGUUGUGUUGAAUGCUUGUAGCCAUGGAGGGUUGUUAGAGGAAUCAUUCAAGUUGAUAAGUAAUUUACCUGUCACAAGUGAUUCAACAGCUUGGCGUGCUCUGCUAGCUGCUUGUAGAGUCUAUGGGAAUGCAGAGUUGGGGGAAAUUGUGAUGAUGAGAUACAUCCGGCUUCUUGCUGGGACACAUGCUGUUGCAGGGAAUUCACAAGGUCAACAAAAAUCAUUAGAUAAUGAGUUGUUUAAAGAGAAAAAAGAAGCUGGAUACAGCGCCAUUGAAAUAGAAUAG